AAAAAAAAAUUAUGCCAAAUGAAGUUUGAUUUAAUUUUCUAAUAUUUUUAAAUAUUAUAAUUUUUAUACUAAGAAGUUUUGAGUUUUGAUUUUUUUUAAAAUAAUAAUAAAUUUUAUUUAUUCAUUUGAAAUUUAUUUGCUUAAUAAAAAAAAAUUUAAAAUAAACAUGUAUAAUUUUUUUUAAAAAAAUCAGAUUUAAAAUUUUAUAUUUUAUAAUUAUAAAUUUUUUUCUUUUGUUUUUCAAAAUUAUUGAAAACAACUGAAAAUAAAAAAAAAAAUCGUAUGUUGUUAUGAAUUUUUUAAAAUAAUUUUUUAUUUUUAAAAACAAAAAUUUGUUUUUAAAUUAUAAAACAGAUUGUACCUUUUUGUUUUUUGGUUUUAAAAAUGAUAAAUAAAACUAGGCCUUUUUCCUUUUUCUUUUUUUUUUCUUUUUUUCUAAAAAGCUAUUUUAUUUUAUGGCAUUUUCAAAUAAUUAUUUAAUUAUUUUGUACUUAAUUUUAAUUUAUAAAACACUGCUAACUGUAAAAGACCGUGGAGUUGGGAACCGCAAUAUGCUAUGUAAAAGCACAGCCACUCGUGGGAAGAAGAUGGAGAAGACGGAGAAGAAGAAACCAGAAACGUAAUCCAAACGCCAUGAAAUGAGAUUAUAAAACACCACCUCAUGAACAUGCAUGGAAUCACUCUUCCCUUAGCCCUGCAGCUCCAUUUUUCUCCUCCUCUUUUCUACCUACAAAAUCUACCCAAAUCUUCAUUACCCAUUUCCAGAAUUGCCUCUGCACCCCAUUUCAAUCCUCUCUUUUUCACUCCAAAUCGCAGAAACAAUGGUAAGAAUAAGAGGAGGAAUAGUACUCUUUUGAAGGCGAGUCGCAGAGAGUCUCCGUAUGAGGUGUUGGGGGUUUCUCCUUCUGCUAGUCCUGAUCAGAUCAAGAGGGCUUAUCGGAAACUCGCUUUGAAGUAUCAUCCCGAUGUCAAUAAAGAGGCAAAUGCACAGGAGAAAUUUAUGAGGAUAAAGCAUGCAUACAAUGCAUUGAUGAACUCUGAAUCUCGGAGGAAAUAUGACUCUGGAAGUCGUGCAUCCAACUAUACCUAUUCUAAUGCCGAAAGAAACCAAAGCAGGGAUACCCAAGAAGAAGAGUUCUAUGGAUUUGAGGACUUCUUUAGGGAUCUUCAAGAAGAAUUCCGGAACUGGGAAGCCAGUGCUGCUUCACAAGGGAAGCCAAAGAGCCUGUGGGAGGAAUUAGCGGAAAUUGGUGAAGAGUUUGUGGAAUUUUUAGAGAAAGAGCUCAACAUCACUGACUCGGAAGUUGAAGCAGAGGAAUAUGGAGGGUCUCAGAAGGCAAAUCCAUUUACAAGUUCUGAAACAGGGACGACAGGAGGUGGUGGUCAAAGUAAAGGCGGUCAAGGGAGCAGCAUUGAAGAAAAUAUUGAUGAGAUCGAAGCUACUCUUGCUAAGUUGAAAAAGGAAUUGGGCCUAUAGGAGGAAAUGCAGCUGCAUUAAAUCCUUAGAAGAUAUAAAUCCGAAAGACAAGUUCUUUGUCGUGUUGGAAUGAGUAGAAAAAUGGCUGAUUAGUGGAAAUCCAGCUUACAUAACUAUAGUCCAAUUCUUUGAAGGCCUCAUUCAUCACAGAGAAGAGUUAUGAAUGAAGGUUCUCUCAGCUGUAAGUCAUUGAAGCACAAAAGCAUGAAGUAAUCAUCACUUAAGAUAUGGGCUUAUACAUCUGUUUUCCUCUGUAAACAAAGCUCUCCAUCACCUACGAUUGAAUCCUUGACGAUUUCCAUUGGGGUCUCUGUCCUUUCAAGCAUCAGUCUUUCUGCGAACAAUGUCGACGAAUUCUCUGUGCAGCACUCUGAUGAUCUGUAUUGAAUUAUUCAUCCUUUCCUACCAAUAAAUGGCUUGAGCUUGGUUCCAAA